AUGACGAUGAUGGCCACUCCUUUGGAGGAGUUUUCUAGAUCCAGCGAAGAAAUAGACCGGCUGGCGCUUAGAAUCAGUCUUGCUGAUGACGAUGAACAGUUUGAGAAAGUCAUUCACAAGUCUCUGGUGUAUAUGUUAAAGUGCCUGACCUUAUAUGAGGACCACAGAAAGAAGCUUAUGGAGCUCUUGGGUGAUGUCACGAGACGCCUAAAAGCCAGGCCUACCAUACAAGUUCCUGUUCGCGAACUUUUUCUAACUUACAAUGAUCAAUCGAAUUUGAUCUUUUUAAGCAACUUUUCCCAUAUGUACCUUAGGCUUGGAUAUCCUCGUCUUCCUGCGCCACAACAAAUUAAACUCCUCCCACUAUUGUUUACUUCAUUAACCGAGGACAAGCCGGUUUACCAGCGUGAUGCGUUGCUGCAUAUUACUCUACCCUUUAUUGGAAACGUUACACCUGAAGCAGUCCCUCGAGACAUUGGUCUCUCCGAAAUGCCACUGCAGAGACGCUUUAUCACGGAGUUUUAUUCCCUUGUUUUGUUGACUCCUUACAACUUGCAACGUCUAGCUCGCUUCGACGGCAAUGAUUCGGUUAUCCCAGAUGGCUUCAAUUCAUAUGACCUGAGCCGCGUUGUACACGAUCGAUUUUCGAGUAUAGCGUCUGCAGAGGAUCUAGAAAAGUAUAAGCUGGGCUUGAUACAGUUCUACUCUCGUCACUUUUUCCCGGCCGAGGAAAGUAUCAUACCUAUUCUCUUCGGGUAUGGUGACACACGACAUUCGGUGGUGUCUACUGCGGCCAAAGAGCUCCGGACUUUGAGCAUGAUCGUCGAUUGGGAGGAUGAAGUCCUGCUGAGCCGUCUGCUAACCUGGUAUCUGGGACGACGGAGGGAAUUUGAUCCAAAGGGCCGCACCGAGCUACGGCGCCCUUUGAGUCCCACAAUGAGGAUUAAGUUGGGUCAUUACCUUUUACGAUCUAAAAUCACUUUGCCUGGUUUGCUAGCCCCCAGUCUUGUGGAAGCCGCUCUGCUUUCCCUGGAAACUGCUUCAACGACUCCGGCGUCUCACGCUGCGGCCCAGCCUCAGGCAGCGCCUGCAGCACAAGCGUCAGGUCCUUCUGUUGGUCCGGAUGGUCCGCAUGCGUGCGAUGGGAGUUGUGCUAAUCAUGCACCCCAACCAAAUCGACACCAGACAGAGGAGAACUCCAACCCUCCAGCAGCCCCUCAGCCUCGUGCGGUGACUAACCCCACUUCACUCGCUCAAAGAAAGCGCCUGGCAGAACAUGGACUGGAUCUGCUAGCCCAUCUUAUCAACAAUAUUACUGCGCUCAACGGGCCAGCCUCUAUGGCUGCUUUACGUUGCCUGGUCAACUUUGUUUACGAAAAAACAGCCGAUGAGCUCACCGCCUCACGAGCUCGCGGGUUUGAACUUCUAUCCCGAUUUCUGACGCGGGAUCCAAAUUAUUUGCUGAAAGAUCCCGCCCAGCUACCUCGUCUUUUUGACGUGUUAUCGGAAGACAAUCCAACCGAAUUGAAGCUAGCAGCGGCUAACUGCCUUCGGCGCUUAGCCGUUACCUUCCAGGACGCACAGCGACAAAAUUUUGCCUUGCGUAACCAGUUAGGAAAGCUGGAGCGCUUACUGUAUGAAAAUAUUGAGAAGCCCGACCCGCUGUGCCGACUGGUGUCAGUCAACUUUGCCGGUCUUAUUUAUCCAUCGGACCAUAUUCCCACGCGGUACUUGAUACUCCAGGCUUUGGGUGAUAAAGACCAACACGUUCGUAAAGAGGCAUGUAUGGCGUUCGAGCAGUUCCUGGAUCCCAAUAUCAUACAUGAUAUUGUUUGUGGCCGGGUGAAAUUGCCAUCCUUUGUGGAGUUUGUUAAUCACGAUACUCAGCAUUCGAGGAAAAACCCUUUCGUCGAAGUUGAACGCCUAAUUCCAGUAGUUCAGUUUAUUCGUCUCUGCCUCUUGGCCACUCGUGGAGCUUUGACGCCUGCCCAGGAAGCUGGACUAACGUAUGAAACUGAGGACGAAGUCCGGUACUUGGUCAAUCAGACAGUGCGGUAUUUCCUGUCCAUUGGAUCCAACUCCCCUUCCCAGUCUUGCAGUUCAAAUGCGAACGCUAGCACUAGCCCUUCCGCAUCCCCAAACUCCUCAACUGUAACCACCGCAUCAAUAAGCCCUGAACAAGCAAAGCGCAGCAUCGACACCUACUUCCGACUCAUCCAAGUUGUUAUUUUCGCCCGCUCCCAACAUUCUAAAGAAUCUCCCAAUUUUCCCAAUUAUUUGGAAGAAGUCUUGGUUGGUAACACGAAAGAACUUAUUACCUGCAACAAACAACUAUUCGAUCGAAUAAAUAAUGUACUUCUGGUUACUCCGAGAGGUGUGAACUGUCGACACGCUUGUGCCUCCGUCUACAGUGUUGUGGUUAUGGAGACAGAGCCACCGGCGCAAGCUCUACAGACGGCCAAAAAGAUGCUGGCUUCCAUACCUUCACCAAGCAGCCAUAUUGAUGGGGAAAAUUCGCACGCAGCCCAGGGCAUGUUUAUGGGUGCAGCCUACCUUCUGGAGCGCCUCUUCUCUCGUUAUGUAGCUGUGCAACCAAAUGGAUCGUCCGCGAGCAAAGAGAAUGGAACUGCUUCCCCAGGAAUCAGUGCUGGCGCUUGUACGGAGCAGCCCACCAAUCCCGGCAAUACGCCUUCCAAGAAGGGCAAAAAAGAUAAGCAACAACAGGGCCAGCAACAAAAGCAACUGCGAGCUGACAUAAUCAGCGCAAUUGAGCACUUCACAAACCUGAUGUCUCCGUUUUUAGUGAAACCUAGUUGCCUCUCUUCGUCGAAUGAUCCAAAGGAUAAACGGUCCUCUGAUGCCGGCUUUUACAGCAAUGCUGCCGUUGCUCAGGCUACUGUGGCUUCCCUAUUGGAAUCACUGAUGAUUGUCCUCAGGGCUGGGUGUCUGUCCCAUUUACCAGAGGGAUCUUUGCCAAUCACAGGGAACCCUCCUAAUUUGGCCCAAUCCAAAGCUGCAAUGGUUCACCGUAUCGGUUCUUACUUGUCUUUGCCAGUGUCCCCUGCCAGUGGCGAGGUUUCGGGUGCACCGUCUGGGCAACUUCAUGUGGUUCUAGCGGCGUUACGUGCUUUGGCUGCUUGUUGUAUGGGCGAAGGAAUCGAACGCGUGUCCGAUUCAAGUGGCAAAACUUCCAAAGAUGCAUCUGUCUCAGUUUGCUCCCACCCACACACUAUUGCCAUCAUGAAACUGAUGACAGACACCACGGAAAUUAGCGACCCAAGCUUGCACCUGGCUGUCGGCGUCUCUCUAGCUGAUUGCUUACUCGGUCCUGCCUCCCCGCUAAAAAAGCACUGGUACGAACGUGUGUACCCUCUUGUUGUGGACUCCGAUGCAAUCGAAGUGGCUGUAGCCAGUCCGGCCGGUAUCUGGCUUGCGCGGCAUUUGGAUGGUCUUCUUUCCCCUCGUACCGGUCAAACGCGUACGCGACCCGCUACCUUAUUCGCUGCUCUCUGGACUUUGGCUUUGGUUCGUCGCUUGGGUCCUCUGCCGACUUCUCUCCUGCCUGACCGCCUGAUCAUUGAUCUCUUAGAGGAUAAAGAUGAAUCCGUGCAAUGCGUGGCUGUCGCGACUCUCGGACAAAUCUACGAUGGGAGCUGCGAGGAAGAUCGGGUCGAGUUAGUUGCCAAUUUAACGAAAACUAUUGCCGGUAACGAGAAACGACAAGUUUCACCCGUGUAUCGUGAGUUGUGCAACUUAGCCCAACAAAUUGGACGGCCCGAUCUGGCCCUCUCGCUAAUUGUGUUGGCCAUCGCCCCACCUCCAAAUGCUCGUCUACUCGCUGCCGGUGGUAUACCCGCUGUAGGAUGCAGUCUGGCCGCUAGCGUUACCUAUGCCGGGUUAAUUCGGCGUCUUGGGCGUGCCCUCGCACCAGCUGUUCCUCGUUUGGUCCCCCGAAUCUUUGUUCGUCGUUUUGACUAUGCCCGUCCGAAGCUGCGCCAGGCGAUAGAAAACUUGUGGGUUGGUCUGGCUACGUACGCCUCGAAUUCCACUGCGCUUACGGUACCAUGUAUCACUUCAUGUUCCGGCUUAACCUUAAAUGGCAUGCAGCCCCAAACUACCACCCAACAACAACAACAACAACAAUCAGGACCUUGUAUUCCGAACUCAGUACAUGUGUUGUCCUCGGAAAUGAUCGAGGCACACUUCAACGCAAUCAUUUGUGAAAUUAAAACUCAACUUGGCUUUAACACGAUCAACGUCGGACCCGGAAACCUGUUGCCAAAUGUAACCUUGACCUCUUCUGAUGCAGCCAUUUCUGCUCAAUGUGCUGGCUCAAAAUCGGUGCGAAACACCGGCACGCAGGAUCAGUAUCUUCGAGAUGCUUGUUGCCUUGCUAUUGCAAAUUUGACCACGCAUCCGGCCGCCGAUAAGCGUCUAGCGGGCCAUUUACCAGCGCUGUUGUCGGGUCUCCUUGGUCUGUGUGACGAACACAGUUCUCUGGCUAACGGCCCCUCAAUUCAUCCCCGAUCCGAACAGACGGAUACUUCACUGGUCACAACACCCUCUGAGGAAGCAGCAAUCGCAGUACAAAAGCUUGUCAUUCGUGUUCUGGAAAACCCUUGCUCUCGUGAGGCCGCCGCGGGACUCCUACCUGGUCUUCUUCCUGUCAUUAUUGAUCGUGCCCCGUGGACCCUUGGCUCCGUAACGGAACCCAAUUCCAAUAUAUCAGGGGACCAAAGCACUCAAUCUCAAAGUGAAUCACGGCGAUUGGCUUUGGAAUUGCUACUUGCUGCAGCCCGCACUGCCCGACCCUCUGCUCUGCGCCCCGCGCUUCCCCAACUAGUGUUGGCUGGCCUACAAACAAUGUCUUCCGUCCAUCCUUCUCUAGUUGCGAGUUUGAUGCGUCAAUCUAUCCAUCAUCUAUAUCAACUGUAUAGUUCCGCGGGUUACAUCUCACCUGGCACACAGUCCUCUGGACUUUCUGCGCCUGCGGCCACUUCAACAAAUGGCUCAUAUUCUUCUAGCGUACCACCUUGUAUGAGCAGCAACAGAGAGAUUCAAAUGGCCGAGGUUUUGAGAUUGUGCGUCAGGUUGAUUGAUGACGUCUGCUUGUCUCGUCUCAUCGUCCCUUUUACCGAGUUAAUUCGCGCCGGUGGUAGUCCCUCCACUGCAACUACUGGGAGUGGCGCUCCAAUCUCUGCGGUUCGAGAGUCUGCUGCUGUCGCAACGGCCACCUGUGUAUUCAUCAGUCAUUUGGCUGCGGCUAACAUAAGCGCUUUAGCUGCGUCCAAUUCUUUCGCACGGAACAAUACUUGUCUUCGUUGCUCCUCUUCUGCUCUCGGUCUUCCAUUCUUCCCAGAUGGAACGGAACAACCAUCGGGUGAAAGUCCGAACCUUUCUCCAGGUCAUCGGCCACCUCCUCCUGGCUCUGUACAGUCUCCUCCAUCGCCAGUGGCUUCCAACUCCCCUUCGGUCCCAUCACCCGCUGGAUUCCUCGAUUCGCUUUCGACUGCGGCUACCUCAACAUCUGAAGUAGCAAACUCUGUAGGACACAGAUACCGCUUACCUGUUAGUAGUCUAAAGCAUGGACCGUCCUCUUUAGCUACACCUUCUGGACCUAAUGGAUCCGUUGUCAAUGGCCGUCCUAGUGUUCCUGGUCCUGGUGGCGGCUUUGCGUCACUCAUACCACACACAGGUAAACUUUUGGCUGCCCUACUUUCGGCCCUACCUGGUGCGUGCCGGCAUCCCGAGUCCGCUGGAAAGACGGCCCAAAUCGAGAUGGCUCGUGCGCUAGCCAGCUUGCUGAGGUUCGCCAAGAGCACGAGCGUUGCCAAGCUCUUCAAUCGCGUCCGUUCUUGGUACAUUAAUCCUGAGCCGGCUACCUGUUCCAACGAUUCCUCGUCCGUGUCAACUAGCCAUUGGGCUUGCGCUCGGGUUAUGCACGCCGUUGCUCACCAGUGUCCAGAGCUACUCUUCGUUCACGCUGGUGUCACCCUCCCUCUCAUCUUUCUCAACCGUCAGCCCGACACUGAGGGAACCAACGCAAUUUUUUCUCAACUGGACUAUGCGGCCACCCAAUCGGUUGUCCUACCCGCUUGUGACUCGACUCGCGAUUGCAACGAUCCCAACAACAAUGCUACACACCCAUCUGCUACGCAAGUUGAAAUUCCUGGCGAAUCGGCAUCUAUUCAACAACUUUGGCAAGAGACAUGGGAACAGCUGAUGUCUAAAAUUCCCCCAUCCUCCUGUUCGUUUCCGGCUUUGUGGCCAACUUCAACGCUGCAGCUAUUUGUGCCUUCUGUAUGUGGUCUAGUGACCAGUUUCUUGCGACCUCCUUUGUUAGAUCACUGCAUCCACUUACUGCAAGACGCCCUGCUGGACUGUUCUAGCUCGUCUGUUCGCACACAAGCUGCGAUGGCAAUUCUUCAUCUUGCUGCCCGUCUUAUCGGUCAGCCUAUCCCAACCACGACUCAGUCAGCAUACAUGCCAAGAAGAAUCAAAAGCCAUCCCAGUCGGCUAAUAAAAGAUGCGAACAGAGAGACAUUACCCUCCACUGGUUCUAAUCGUGGACACAUGCAGUCAGAUGCGGCCACAUUUUGCGUCCCUACGACAACUACUUCCGAAGACUUGGGGAAAAAUUCAACCACAAAACAGUACAGUUCUUCCUCCGACAAGGAUGAGGAGAGCGAAAUUGACGGAGCGGGGGAUGAGGACAAUGAUGCCUUCGUUAGGGAUGACGAUGGGGAAGAAUGGGCGUAUCAGGCUUGGGCUUCUCUAAUCCAGCUUACUGCACGAGUCCUGAGUAAAAGUAAACCCUGGCCGGAUAAGGCUUGUCUUCUGAGAGCUACUCGUCUCCUAGCCGUUUACGCCCGUGAGCGCGGACUCGCGACAGAGGAGGCAAACGAAGAAAUCGUGCAUCAGCUGUGGUGUUCCCUUGUUCACGAGACAAAGAUGAAACCGUCUGAAGGCAUUAGUUCUGGUUAUCGGGCUGAAGCGUUUUUGUCCUUGGCUUCUUUGGCCGAAGCUUCCGGCAAAAAUCUCUUGCUCGACAGUGAACUUUUGACCGUUGAUGGAGACGAGGAGAAAUCAUCGGAUUGUUUACUCAGCCUUUCACGCCUAAUAGCACCCAACUGGUUAAAGCAAGACAAAUGCUCCGGUCAGUCUAAAAGUGCUACGAUUAAUCCUGAACUGAACGAUUCUGAGCUCGAGUUGGCUGUACGUGCAUUGGGUAUCCUAUGGCCUGCUGGAGGCGCUGAUGAACACUUGACUCGGUUCCCAGAUACCAUUUCCCUCCUGAAUUUCGUCAUGCUACAUGGCAACUGCUCCGUUCAAGCAGCUUGUCUGGCCAGCGUUCUUGGAAUACUGGCAAAGCUCACACCUGGGCAGAGCAAAAAUCUAGUCGAAUAUUCGGAAAAGUCAAUGUUAUGCACAAAAGAUGCUCUGGAGCUGAGCUUAAAAGAUCUGCUCUCUCGAAUCAAACGAGCCGCAGGGAACCAAAAGUCUCAACUUCUGCGAGAACAUGCUCUUGGAUGCAUCGCAGCGAUCCUAAGGCAUUCAGGUUUCCUGACCCUCAUUCGUGAACAAGUCAUCCAAACUCUCCAAGUUUUCUCAAACGACAGCGUUGCCAGCUUGCGUGAUUGCGCCAUGGAUUUAAGAAAAAGUUUUUAAUAACUUGUAACUGGUUGUUAAUGUUUGCUACGAAAGAUAAAAGAUGAUUUUGUCUUGUCUGGGUUUCAGUC